GCGCUGGGGGCAGGUAGUCCUGGCCUCACAGCAGGCCCUUGGGCUCGCUAGUGCUGUGUGAUGUGGGGACAGCUAUUCCAACUCUUCCUACAGCUCUUGGAUGCUGAGGCAUCCUUGGGUGAUUUAUUAGGUUCCUUUCAGUUUUCAGCUUGCAUUGAAGAGGAAGGAGGAUGUGCAUAGGCAGUGCUGGGCAUCAUCCUGGAAGUGACUGCCCCUCCCCCAGUCACUGCUGCUGACCUCAGCUGACUGGAAAGAUCCCGUCCCAUCCUGUCCCAUCCCAUCUUUCAUGCAGGGCCAGGCUUUCAUUUGCUCCUGAGCUGGUUUUGCCCAUCACGCACCAGUUCUGGUGGUACACAAUCACCUUCACUGUAGUCUUUAGUUAGAGUUACAUUGGUUAUUCAAAAAUUAAUUAUUUAUUUAUUUAUCCACUAUGGUAAAUGAUGAAGCUACCAUUCAUCUGUUAACACUUAGAUCACCAGGAGAGAAUGGGUUCAAGAACCAAAAGUUCCAUGUACUGGUAUGCUUCCAUGUGCACUUUGGUCUGUUAGUUACAUCAUGUGCCUUCCUAGUUCUUUUUCUCUCCUGAACAUUUAAGGGUUUACUUCCUCCAUCUGCAUACAAAGCAGACACUCUGUUGUUUUGCCUGUAUCUUUUGCUCCAUCACAUCCUGUCUUUGUUUACUGUGUAUGAGUAUUCCAAGAGCUCACAGCUGGGGACUCUUUACAGUAUAGUAAUACCCAUUAUGAUAGUGUGGAACCAUAAGUGUAAAGAUCUGUCCCUGUGGAUUGCAUACAUGCUACCCAUUUUUUGAUCAAGUUUUGGUACUUUGAAAUAAAUGCUGUAGAAAUUGUAUGCCAUGACUUCUAAGGCUAAAUUUUGGACUGCUGGUAAUCAUCUUGGAUCCAUAGGAAAUGUAUGUUUACUUAUUUCUGCACCGUGAAACUUCUCCAAACCUCUGUUGUUGGCUAGGGUACUUGAAAAGAUAGGAAGUAGCUGUCUUGGAUAUCACAAAAAACCAAACCAAGCCCCAAACAAACAACAAACCUCUGACGGGGGGAUGAGCAUUAGCUCUGUCACAGAAGGCAUUGACACUAGAAGAAGGAUCUCUGGACUGUACUCUUCAUUACCAAACCAGGCAGUGCUUGUCCACUAAGUUCCAGUCAGCCAGCCCUAGGUCUGAGUGUGUGUCUCUUGGCCUGUCUGCCUGCCCAUGAAUAAGGAUUCAUGAUAUGUCAAGUAAUCAAGGAGCUCAAACUAUCAUUCUUGUUUUUAAGACGGCAAGAGAAUUUAACAUGAUUUUAAAACAUGCCUUUUUACGCUUGGACGCUUGAGGAUUUCGGGAGGAAUUUAGAGGCUUUUUGCCCUCGGGGCGUGAGCCCCGCUGUCCUUUUCUUUAGUUCGGCUCUGCUGUAGGGCGGGUGGGAGAGGACCGGGAAAAGGCGCCGGAGUAGCGCCGCAUCGAGCCCGGUCAGUGCGGCUCGUUCGGGAGCGCGGCCAGUGCCGGCACGACCCCCGUCCCCGCCCGCUCGCCCACCCCGCGCUGGGGAAGGGUGUUCCCGGGGCGGGCGAAGGGCGGGAAGGGGGACGGGUUAUCGAGAGGGAAAAUCGGCGGCUGUCGGCGCAGAACGAGCUCUCAUUCCGCGCCGGCAGCUCGGGCUCCUCGUCCGCCUGUGGCCAUGGGGCUGCAGCCCCGGCGCGCCGCGGGGCCCUGCCCGCCCGCGGGAAGGAGCGCCGCCCUGCCCGGAGCGCGCUCCGCUCCUCCCUGGGCCCGCAGCGACGAGCCAGAGGGAACUCCCGGGCGCCCCGCCGCGCUGCCGCCCCUCCUGCCGGCCAUCCUGCCGACUCCCUCCGCUUCCCCCGCUGCCGCCCGGGCGCAGCCCAAGAAGCCGCCGGCGGCCGCCUCGGCCCCCAAGAAGGCAGCGCCUCGGCCCGCAGAAGAGAAGGUGGCGAGGAAGGCGCGGGGGGCGCCCCCUGAGCGGCCGGGCCCCCUCUCCAGCUCCUGGCCCUGCUCGUCCCUGCAGCGGCCGCCUCCGCGGAGACCGCCGGCCGAGCGGGCGGCGCGGCCCCAGCCCACCCCGCCGCAGCCGCGGGGCCGCCCGGGGGCGCCGGGGGCGGGCAGCCGCUCCUGCGAGAGCCUCGGCGGGGCGCCGGGGGAGGCGGCGGGGCGCUUCUCGCUGAGCCUGCCCCCGGAGGCCAUCCGGGUGCUGCAGCGCCGCAGCCUGGAGCGGCAGCGGGGGCAGCCCGCACCCUCUCCCGCCGGCAGAGCCGCCCCGGCCCGGCGCGGCGACCUGCGCGCUCUGCUGAAGGUUUCGCUGCUCAACGACCGGCACCGCUACGACGACGAGGAGUACGAGGAGGAGGAGGCGGGGGCCGCGGCGGACGAGGGGCUUGUGCGGAAAUGUACCGAGUGGCUGCGCGGCGUGGAGAGCGCGGCCGGCCGCGACCACCCCGAGCGGCUGGAGACGCUGCCGCACUUGGGCACCCUCUGAGCUCCGCCGGGACCGGGGAGCGGCGCGGCGGGGGCUGCCGGAGCGGUCGGACCGGGGGGAGGUGGGGCCGCCAUCCGCGAUGUCGUGUUCCGUGUUGUGUUGUCGGCGCCCUGGCAGCCCGGGCGGGUGGCGGCAGGGGCCGGGCAGCGGAGCCCCUGUCCCGGAGCCGAUCCUUUGGGCGCCGCCGCCGCCGGAGCGAGGGACAAAGGAGCGGCGCCGGCCUCCGCCCGCCGGUGCCCGGGUGCUGGGAGGGAGGGCACCGGCUGUGGGCGUCCUGCCUCCACCCUCGCGGUUUUUUUAAAGAUUUCUGACUACUUUAUAAAAUGUGCGUAAUGGUUUUGUAUAUUUGUACAUAAAAGUUCAUUUUUAUUUAUUUGAAUAAAGGACUCUUGUGUUGCAGUA